CCCAGAUCUUCAAAACAUCCCGGCGGCCUCGGCUCGCGCCCAGCCGGUCGGUCCGUCCAGCUACCGCCGCCGCCGCCAGCGCCUGAACAUCUCUCUCUGGGCUUUAAAAGUACCCCCUCACCCCACGUUGCCCUGUGAAAAUGUUGGUGCUUCUUGCUUUCAUCAUCGUCUUCCACAUCACCUCCGCGGCCUUGCUCUUCAUCGCCACCAUCGACAACGCCUGGUGGGUAGGAGAAGAGUUCUUUGCAGACAUCUGGAGAGUCUGUGUCAACAACACAAAUUGUACAGAGAUCAAUGACAGCUAUCAUGAGUACGCCACCCUGCAGGCCGUCCAAGCCACCAUGAUCCUUUCCACCAUCCUCUGCUGCAUCGCCUUCCUGAUUUUCGUGCUCCAGCUCUUUCGUCUCAAGCAAGGAGAGAGAUUUGUCUUAACCUCCAUCAUCCAGCUCAUGUCCUGCCUCUGUGUCAUGAUCGCAGCUUCCAUUUACACUGACCGGCGCAAGGACCUUCACGAGCAGAAUUCUGAGUUUUACUCCCCGACCUCGGAGGGCAGAUACGGCUACGCCUUCAUCCUGGCUUGGGUGGCCUUUGCUUUCACCUUCAUCAGUGGCAUCAUGUAUCUAAUAUUGAGGAAGCGCAAAUAAAACCCUGGGAGCUAG